UGGCUUCCUGUCGCGUUGCGCGUCCCUGUUGCUAGGCGACAGGCGAAAGGAGUUCGACUGCGGCGCCUGCGGGCUCUUGAGUCGAGGCUGGCCACGAUGUUGAGCAGGAGCUCUCGCUUUGCAGGAAGUAAGAAUGACAGCAGAGCAAAGAGGAGGGCUCAUCCUGACACAGCAGCAAAAAUUAUUCAGAAGGCAUGGUGGAGUCACACAAGGAUACGGUUGUAUAGACUGAUGAGACAUACAAUUCGGGCAGCGGAGUACUGCAUUACCCAUGAUAUUUUGAAAAGAGUGUGUCCUUUGGAGGCUGAACUUCUUAAAGACCCUACUCUUAGGUGCAGAGUUCGAUUCAGAUUAGCUGGAUCUGAUUUUCCCCCUUUCGUUGUGUUCAAGAUAUUUUGCAAGUCAAGAGACCAAAACACCCAUUACAUCACUGGGAAAAGCGUAAUAACAGCAACAAGUGAGGCGGCUGUUGAUGCUUGCAAGUUAAUGGGAUAUCGGACGUAUUAUAAUCAGAUAUUGCAGGAUGAACUUCAGCAUAAGAAAUACGGAAUAACAGAGGAGUUGGAUGUGGCUACAAUAAGAGACCACAUACAAUAUAGCAAUCUCAUGGAUGAGGUUCCAGCAUGCUAUGGUGGCAGACAUAACUGCUGGAGAAGGCUGUCUUUACAUGAUUUUCCCAGAUCAAUGAUUGUGUAUGACAUCAUGGACUAUGCACAGUCUGGGAAGCUAUCUACCAGACUUAGGAUGGAAUUGCCAUUUCUGCUGCUGAGGCCACAGAAUGAAGAAACAUGUCGUGCUCAAAUCAUGGCUAUUUGUCAAAUCAGAUGUCCACAACAAAUUCCCACAAUUGCAAAACUCUCAAAACUGAUUAUAAAAUCAGCACAUAAAACUGGGCGUCGCUCUUACCAAGCUCAGAAGAAGAAUGCAAAAAUGAGAAAGGCUUAUAGCCUUGGGAAACAAAGAGAGAUGCUGAGAACUUCAUCAUUGUUAAGUGAUCAUUCAGACUCCACAGUCACUGAAGAGUCAAGCCAUGAAAGUAUUUUGUCAGAUGAAGACUGGGAGCACGAGGCAGUGAAGCUAUACGACUGGUCCAGAUCCCUACGAGUGGAAGAUAUUGGGGGAGACUAACCCAUGAUAAAACUUAUGUUCCCUUCCA